UUCUACAUGUCCAUGGAGUAUGAAAACCUCAAGAAAUUCUUCGUCCUCAAUCCCAUCAAGGGAGGUACUUUAGAGGAGAUUAUGAAGGUUUUGUGGACAGACAUGGACCACGGGAAGGAACUAAUGCCUUACGUAGAGCCACUCCCUAACCACAAGGAGCCUGGGCAGACUGUGUUGAUGGUGUCCAUGGGCUACACGCGGGAAACGAUCCAGGACUCAGAGACGGGCCAGAAGAAUGAUGAAGUGAUAGUAAUCUAUGUGCUUCUGCCCUAUAAGAGAUCUGAGCUGGUGGGCUACGCCAUCACCCUGAAGGCCCAGGCUUUGGCUGAUCCCACUAACAGCUGCCCUUUAUACUCAUCCUGCAAGGGUUCAGACGAGAGGAUGCCUGGCACCUCCAUAGCCUUCAAAAGCAGUCUCUGAGAUAACGGCUGUGCAUAGAGGAUGCCAUGGGGCCACCCGAGGGACAAGAGGAGGGGCCCCAGGCCUCACUGCAGGCUGGUCCCUCUGCCCCACCUGGGAGAACGCCAAAGAUGGGACUGGGGCACUCAGGGACU